AUGUCCUUUGAAAUCCGCGAAGAGCUCGAAUCCCGCGGCGUGAAGCGAAAGCGCGAUGCGAAGAGACGGCGCGCGUCUCUGGCAUGCGAAACCUGUCGCAAGCAGAAGGAAAAGUGCGAGGGCGAGACCGAGUUGCACGUCUCCAAAUAUCUGUCCUCCCCGCCACUGGAUAGUGGUAUUCAGCGAUUGCAGAGUCUCGAGCAGAUAGCGCGACAUUUCCUCGGCGAUGUACCCCUGGACGGAGAAAAUCUGGCGCGAAUCGCGGCGAAAUGCACGACAAGACAUACUGGGGUGGAAAGCUUUUGGGAUGUGAACGAAUCGUUCGAUGUUCAGUUCGUAUCCAGGAACGUUGCCUUUUAUUCGGGCGAGUUUUCGCAUUGGAACUUUUCAGAAAAAUUACGACGUUCGAUGAGUAGUCGACAAGAUACGCUCGGCCUGGGGGUCAAAGAAUAUUGGCGGCCAACCCAUCUUCAAUCCUCGAUCCGGAUCAUCGCCGAAUCGAUGGGCGAACUUCCCCCGAGACCGAUCGCUGAGUUUUUGAUCCACGUUUUCUUCAAAUAUGCCGAGGUCAAUAAUUUCUAUGUGGAAAGAAGCUGGCUCCAGGAGAAGAUACUUGUUUGCUACAAUUCUAUGAGCGAGUACACAACGGCCGAUAUCCCCUGGGUUUGUUCCUUUUUCGCGGUCCUUGCGAUAGGAACUCAAAUGGCGCACAUGGAAGAGGACAGGUCAACACAUGAUUCAAAUUCCGCUGAUGAUGUAUCAAUCUGCUCCGAAGACACUGUUGGACUUGUCUUCUACCGUGUCGCGUGCAAGUUGAUUCCGGAUGUGAUUCUCGCCGCUUCUCACGAGAGCGUGCAGGCCUUCCUACUUCUAGCUGUGUACGCAUUACCAGUGUCAACGGGAGGGCUCUCAUACACAUACCUCGGGCUGGCGAUCAAAAUGGCGAUCCAAAAUGGAAUGCAUCGAAAAUACAUAGGAGGGGAUUGUGAUGGUAGGACGAUCGAGUUACGCAAUCGUCUAUUCUGGACAACAUAUACACUAGAAAGACGGACAAGUAUCAUGCAUGGACGCCCUGUCUCAAUUGCUAGGUCCGAGAUCAAUGCAGACUUGCCCACAGACUGUCAGACUUUUGAGUCGCCAAAUUUUCUCAACAUGAUGGCAUACAUAAACAUGGUUUUAUGGACUGGCGAGGUGGCUGAGACACUGACUCAGUUCAGGAGAUGCCCCAAAAGGCUACUUCCCGAUUAUUCAGAGCGCCUGAUACAAUUACGAACUGCAAUAAAUCAAUGGUGGGAUUCUCUUCCGACAGUCGUCGAAUGCCGAGACAUGGAUCCCCAAGGACCACUAUUCCGACAAAAUUGUCAUAUAAAACUGUGCUACCUGCUCAUAUACAUCUACAUGGGUCGACCUUUUAUAUUCAAAGCUGAAGAAAACAAGGACACUCCAGAAGUGAGGCAUAACUCAGGCCAAAGCUAUCGAUCGGAGUUGGUAGAUGCAUGCGUGCAAAGUGCACUCGAGAUCCUCGAUACCCUCCAAUUUCUGUCAGACAAUUUCGGUCUAUGUCGUGCGUCAUAUACAGAAUUCAGUUCCUGUCGGGCAGCUCUACUGGUUAUUCUCGCGGAAAGUCUCAACUCUGGAAGGUCUCAAAGACUCAACGAAGGUUUGGACAGUGGGAUGGUCCUGAUACGCCAGAUGAUAGGAGGCACCUCCUCCGAGUCGGAGAUAUCGUACAUCGAGUCUAUUGAAGCGGCGAUUCGUCAACUGUCAUCAACGGAGAGGGAAGAGGCUACGGAGCCCGACGCCGAGCAGCAUUCAUCUUCCGCCUAUGCCAAGUUCAAAGACUGGACCCAGUCAAUGAAGAAAGACAAAGCUCCUGUUGACCAUCUAGAGCUCUCCUCUUUUAGUCCAGCCAUGUAUAUAUCGCCGGGGGCCGAGAGUGCCUUCAAUCCUGACAUGUGCGAUAUUGCAGAAUUUCUAAAUUCUGACUGGCCACCUUCUGAUCUUGGACUCGAUUCGGGAAUUUUGACAACACCUCGCACAUGA